UAUAAGUUGACUAUUCAAGAUGGCCGCUCGCGGUGUAGAGCGUGUGCUAGCGAAAUGUCAAGCAUGUGUAGAUGCUGGUAACUUUUAUGAAGCCCAUCAAAUGUACAGGACUUUAUAUUUUAGGUAUGCAGCUGGUCAAAAGUAUGCAGAGGCAUCAGACCUCCUCUACAAAGGUUCCCUGACGUUACUUAAACACAACCAGUAUUCCAGUGGAGCAGACUUAGCUUUACUCCUUGUAAAUGUCUUGAACAGCUCAAAACAGGAAGUUAGCGGUGUUACAAUGGAUCGGGUUGUGACACUCUUCCAGCAGAUGGACCCUAACUGUCCAGAAAGACAUAAUUUCUUGACCUCAGCCAUUAGGUGGACAAACAAAGUGAAUGCAGACCACAAACGAGGUCAUCCUGACUUGCAUCAACGAUUUGGAAUUACAUUUUGGCAGGAGAAAAACUAUGCACAAGCUCGUUACCACCUUAUCCACUCCACAGAUGGGAAAGGAUGUGCAGCCAUGUUGAUAGAGUAUCAUAGUAGUCAAGGUUACCCUUCCGAGGUGGACCUAUUUAUCGCACAAGCUGUGCUACAGUAUUUGUGCCUCCAAAACAAAGACACAGCACAUGCCGUGUUUACUGCAUACACUACUAAUCAUCCACAUUUGGAGAAGGGUCCCCCAUUCGUGAAACCUUUGUUGAACUUUCUCUGGUUCCUGUUACUGGCACUAGAAGGAGGCAAAUUAGCAGUGUUUACGAUAUUGUGUGAAAAAUAUGAACCUUCCUUGAAAAGAGACCCAAGCUAUAAAGAAUAUUUAGACAAAAUAGGCCAGAUCUUCUUUGGUGUUCCUCCCCCUCAAGUCAGCCAAGGAUUGUUUGGGAAUUUGUUAAACAGUCUCCUCGAUGGUGGGGGUGCCGAGGACAGUGAUGAUGACACUCCUGUGACUGCCAACGCCACUCCCAAACGAAAAGAGACACAGUUUGACAUGGACUAAUUAUCUUGCAGAUGUGUGCCUUCUCUACAUGGUUAUCUCCCUUGGGUCUCUGUAGCUAACAUUCUAGAUUCAAUUAUCGCAGAAUUUUGUCUCUUCAUUUAAGACUGUGAUCUUGUGUAGUAUUGAUUGCAAUCUGAUUUGAGUGUUGUAUGUUGAAAGUUCUUUUAUUGAAAGUAUGAGAUUGUUGUGAUACAUCUGAAUUUACGGUAACAGAUUAAUAUUUGGAAAUCAAUGAAAAGGUCAAACCAGUUCAUUUUCAGGCAAUUAAUUUCAUAACAUUUGUGUGGUCAGAUGGUAUCUUUCUUUAGUGAAGAUGUGAUUCCACGGUGUCAGGGUUUGUUGUUGUCACAAAUCAUGUAUAAUAUGCUCUCCAGCGAGGAUGGUUUACUGAUUUGGACUUUGCCUGAGCAUCUUUCUGUAAGCAAAUGUACGUGAACAUUAUUAUUGACAUCGUUAAUACUUCAUGGAUCUGUGAACAAGACUACAUUCUUUCAAAACCUGUAGCUUGAUAUGGCUGCUUUGUUGUGUAGUCGCUACUUUUUAACCAAUGAAUCAAGCAACGACCUGGCUCAGACAAGUGAGUGCUCAGAUUACAUCGCAGAGACAUCAGUGUUUCUCUCAUGCAGUUGUGUGCAACUUGCCAUCACCUUUCUCAUGGUGGCAUGUGGCUCUGUGUGCAACACACAGGUCACAAAUCAGGUGAAGUUAAGCAGUGUUGGUCACAGAAAGUAGUUGGAUCGAUGACUGGGUUUGGCAGCUUGACUCCUGAAAGUUUCUUGGACUUCGGUUCAGACUCACACUGAAGCACUCUCUUCACCAAGUGCAGUGAAUGGGUACCCAUUAGGAUGAGAUGGCAAUGUAAUCAACCUUCAAGCGCCUCACAGGUAGUUUGGGUUGUAUACUCCCCAGGGAGCUGAGAAGGGAAAUCAAGUGCACUCUGAUCCAUUGACUGGGAUAAUAAUGAAGCGCUUUUAGUGUCAUCAUUAAUGCCGGGCCAUGGUAUGGUUCACACAGAGUGCUUACAGAGCGCUUAUGAGUUGGGCUCAUUUGACGUCUAUGGUUUCUUUUCCAUGGUCUUGUGGUAGAGCGUCUGCCCAGAGAAUGGAAAGUUGGGGGUUGAAUUCCUGGCCGCGUCAUACCAAAAGACGUUAAAUGAUGGUAUUUGUUGUUACUUUGCCUGGCGCUCGGCAUUUAGGGGCUAAAACAAGGACAGGUCGGCAUGGAAUCAGUAUACUGUGUCUGAGUUGUGUAUCAUUGUUAAACUGCGGCAUGGUAUCACUGUGGUGUCGCACUACAAAACUGACAUUAGUCCGGACUAAUACAAGCAGCCACACAUACACACAUCCAUGCACUUUUAUAUGUAAGUGCAAUAAUCUUGAACAUGACGUUAAACCCCAUUUCACCUCAACCCACCUCAUUUCACUACCUGACUAAAAAUGGACACAUGUCAUCACUACACUGCUUGUCGGCCCAAUGUAUUCAAGGGUGAUGAGAAACGUAUUGUAUACAUACCCUUGAAGUAUUGACGAUGUAAAGUUGGAGGGUUCUGACAAACCAUUGUGACCAGAAAUAAGUCAUUACCUUUUGUAUCCCUCUCACAAUGAUCCACCAGAUGUCAAUCCUUAAAUGAAGUAACAAAACCCUGUGUUAUCUCUAUUCCUAAUUGUUUCCAUUCCUGUCUUAUUCAAGCUAAUUGGCUUAUCAUUCAUCGGUUUCGUUAAGAGAAUGUCAUUGUUUAAGUGGGUGAACUUGAAAGGAAAUGUUUCUAUUGCACAUCAUCCUUAUGUUAUUCAGCAGCUAAUGUUAGAGUGACCAAAUAGUUAUGGGGUGCACAUCUUGUUCAUUGGUCUGCUCCAGAUAAACAUGUAUUCUCUAUUGAUAUGACAGAUGAAAUACAGGGCUAUUAUAUGAUAAUUUCCAGGAGUAUUUGAGAUGGAAAUUCACAUGUACUUGUCAUGAAUGUUAUGAAGGAACCUUGUGUUGUUUCUGUAUGAUUACUGACAGAAGGAGGAAUUGUAUAUGAUGGAAAUCUAAAGUGAAACCAUUUUACUCUGGUACAGUACCUCUCUGUAUGAAGACACCUCCAUAGGAGGUCACAUUAGGUGAACAAUGGGCCAACUUUGAAGGAUCAAAUCAAAUGAAGGAUGCAUGGGUUCUUGAGCCAAUCAGAUGUCAGCUUACUAGGUUGAGCCAAUCAAAUAUCAGCUUUCUGGUAUGGUCGAGAUUCAUUUCUUUACCACCUCGAUUUAGAAAUUUUAAUUUUAACAUGAAUUGCCAUGGUGCUCAGAAAUGGCAGGGUGUGAAAUAUACUCACCACAGUAGCAUGACCUUUAUUUUACAUUCAGAACUGCCUGUUUAUGUUCAUUUUGGAAUACAACAUCAGACAUCUUGCUCUGAAUACUCAUGAGUAGAAAGAUCAUUUGAGGUAGCCUAUGAAGGAUUUGUUGGAUCUACACGCAGAGAGGUGUCAUCUUGGAGUAAUAGAUCGGAUUUUGAUGAGAUUGAUUUUAUGUUUGGGAAUAAAUAACUAUAUAUUUUUCCAAAUCUACAAAACAAUGAGUUGGACAAUUCAGAUUGAACUGUAUCUGUUGAGGCCUUUCAACAUAUCAAUUCUAGCGUUACAACUACUGAAAAUUAAGUACAUUAACAUAUCUAUAUGACAUAGCAUUAUUAGCACUUUGAGCAAUCUGUUUCUGGGCACUCUUCUAUAAAAUGACUCUGGGGCUAUGUUCAUUUCAACAGGGGCCCUUUAUGUGUGCAACUAUGUCUUUGAAAUGUACUGUACAAAUGACACUAUCAAUAUGGACAGUAAAUAGCUUCUUGUUUGAAGGUAGUCUAAUUUAUGCAGAGAGUAAAAUAAUAAGUUAAGACACUGUGCUUCAUUGAAAUUAUGCAGGCUAUGAACUUCAUUUUUUUUGUCGAAAACUUUAAUUUCAGGAUAUGUUCUUUACUAAGUAACUGACCCUGAAAUGGUUUUAACUGUAAUUUGGGACCUGCCUUUUUGGCAUAUUUAAACAAAUAUCUAAGUUUUAAAGCUCUGUCUAUGUGAAAGUAAUUAUGAUAUUUUCAUCUAGAUCCACCUCACUGAAGAAACCUCAGUCUUUUGUGGUUUCUUGGAGAAUGAUGGUAGGAGUGCACUCCACCUCACCUUUAGAAAAAUGUUUUGAUGAAAAUUUCCUGUUAAUUUGUUUUCGUGUUUUUUACAAGCUGUACAUGUAUAUUGAGAGGGCAGUUGUGGUAAUGCAAUUUUGUACUUGGUGAUCAAGACAUUAACUGUACACCUAUUGUACUCCAAGUCUUAUUGUGGACUUACUCAAAACCAUGCAUAUGUAAUAUAAGAUCCUCAAAACCGCCUGUUAACUGAUGAGAAAAA